CCCUGUCUUGGCCGCUUUCAGUUCUUUUGAUUUUCUGUUGUUUGGACUGCUGGCUUAAGUGAACUCAGUUCUACUGUCUAUUUGUCUGCUGUCUCAAUGGGGUUUUGGACACACCGUGUUUAAUGUCGUCUUCUUUAUUCCUCCCGGUCCUCCAACAAAAUGGAUAUUUUGUGGGUAUUAUGGACUUUCCCUGUGGUUUUUGCAUUAGAAGAGACCUUGAUGGAUUCAACAACAGCAACAGCAGAGUUAGGGUGGACUGCAUUUCCUUCGUCAGGGUGGGAAGAAGUGAGUGGCUAUGAUGAAGUCAUGAAUACCAUAAGGACAUAUCAGGUUUGCAGUGUAUUUCAGCCCAGCCAGAACAACUGGUUACGGACCAAGUACAUCCGGAGGCGGGGUGCACAGCGAAUUCAUGUGGAAAUGAAGUUUUCUGUCCGAGACUGUAGCAGCAUUCCUAAUGUCCCUGGCUCCUGCAAAGAAACGUUUAACCUUUAUUACUAUGAGAUGGACUCUGACUCUGCAACCAAAAUAUCCCCUCCAUGGAUGGAGAACCCAUGGGUGAAGGUGGACACAAUUGCAGCUGAUGAGAGCUUUUCUCAGGUGGAUCAAGGGGAACGAGUGAUGAAGAUCAACACAGAAGUACGCAGCUUUGGACCUGUCUCUAAAAAUGGAUUUUAUUUGGCCUUUCAGGAUUAUGGUGGAUGCAUGUCACUGAUUGCUGUGCGGGUGUUUUAUCGAAAGUGUCCUAGGGUAAUACAGAAUGGGGCAGUAUUCCAGGAAACAUUAUCAGGGGCAGAAAGCACAUCACUGGUAUUGGCAAGGGGAACAUGUAUAGCUAAUGCGGAAGAAGUGGAUGUGCCCAUUAAGCUAUACUGCAAUGGUGAUGGCGAAUGGAUGGUUCCUAUUGGUCGUUGUAUGUGCAAAGCAGGAUAUGAGUCUGUGGAAAAUGGAACUGUUUGUAGAGCAUGCCCUUUUGGAUCUUUUAAGCCCACUCAAGGUGAAGGCAAUUGUAUCCAUUGCCCUAUUAAUAGCCGAACUACAUCAGAGGGGGCUACAACAUGUGUCUGUCGUAGUGGAUACUACCGGUCUGAUACUGAUCCUCUGGACAUGCCAUGCACAACAAUCCCCUCAGCUCCACAAAAUGUGCUGUCUUUUGUGAAUGAAACCUCACUGGUGUUGGAGUGGGGACCACCAAAGGACACGGGUGGUCGGGAGGAUGUUGUCUACAAUAUCAUCUGCAAAAGUUGUAGUUCCAGGCGAGGAGUGUGCACACGUUGUGGUGACAAUGUGCAGUUUGUCCCCCGACAGCUGGGACUGAUUGACUCAAAGGUUUAUAUCAGUGAUUUGUUGGCACAUACACAGUACACAUUCGAGAUCCAGGCUGUGAAUGGUGUUUCUGACCAGAGCCCCUACUCCCCGCAAUUUGCAUCUGUCAAUAUUACUACCAACCAGGCCGCACCAUCUGCUGUGUCCAUCAUGCACCAGGUUAGCCGCACUGUUAGCAGCAUCACACUGACCUGGUCGCAGCCAGACCAGCCAAAUGGAGUCAUUCUGGAUUACGAACUGCAGUGUUAUGAAAAGGAAUUGAGCGAGUACAACUCUACCACCAUAAAGAGCUACACAAACACUGCAGUCAUUGGAAACCUGAAAGCUGGCACCAUCUAUGUCUUCCAGGUCAGAGCUCGUACUGUGGCAGGUUUUGGACGCUACAGCGGCAAGAUGUAUUUCCAAACCAUGACAGAAGCGGAAUACCAGACUAGUAUCCAGGAGAAGCUACCACUCAUCAUUGGCUCUGCUGCAGCUGGGAUUGUAUUCCUUAUUGCAGUUGUCGUUAUCAUCAUUGUGUGCAACAGGCGCAGAGGGUUUGAACGUGCAGAAUCUGAGUAUACAGAUAAACUUCAGCAUUACACCAGUGGACAUGUGACCCCAGGCAUGAAGAUCUACAUUGACCCCUUCACUUAUGAAGAUCCCAAUGAAGCCAUCCGUGAAUUUGCCAAAGAAAUUGAUAUAUCGUGUGUCAAAAUUGAACAGGUCAUUGGUGCAGGUGAAUUUGGAGAAGUAUGCAGUGGCCAUUUGAAACUACCUGGGAAGCGAGAGAUCUUUGUUGCCAUCAAGACCUUGAAGUCCGGUUACACAGAGAAGCAGAGGAGGGAUUUUUUGAGCGAAGCCAGUAUCAUGGGCCAAUUCGACCACCCCAAUGUGAUUCAUCUGGAAGGUGUAGUAACGAAAAGCACCCCAGUCAUGAUCAUUACAGAAUUUAUGGAGAACGGGUCACUGGACUCCUUUCUUCGGCAAAAUGAUGGACAGUUCACAGUAAUUCAGCUGGUGGGCAUAUUGCGAGGUAUAGCUGCAGGAAUGAAGUAUUUGUCCGACAUGAACUAUGUCCACCGUGAUCUAGCUGCUCGCAACAUUCUGGUCAACAGUAACCUGGUGUGCAAGGUGUCUGAUUUUGGACUUUCACGUUUCUUAGAGGAUGAUACAUCUGAUCCAACCUACACUAGUGCUCUGGGUGGAAAGAUUCCAAUUCGGUGGACAGCACCAGAAGCUAUCCAGUACAGAAAGUUUACUUCAGCCAGUGAUGUGUGGAGUUAUGGUAUAGUGAUGUGGGAAGUGACAUCGUAUGGAGAGCGACCAUAUUGGGAUAUGACAAAUCAGGAUGUCAUCAAUGCCAUUGAGCAGGACUAUCGUCUCCCCCCACCUAUGGACUGCCCCACUGCACUGCAUCAGCUCAUGCUAGACUGCUGGCAGAAAGACCGCAACAGUCGGCCGAAGUUUGGACAGAUUGUUAACACACUGGACAAAAUGAUAAGAAAUCCUAACAGUCUCAAGGCUGUGACACCGCUCUCAUCAGGGACAAAUCUUCCUUUACUGGAUCGCACAGUACCAGACUACACCAGCUUCAGCACCAUCAAUGAGUGGUUGGAGGCUAUCAAGAUGGGCCAGUACAAGGAGAACUUCGCCAGUACAGGAUUUACCUCCUUCGAUGUUGUUUCACAAAUGACCAUGGAGGAUAUCUUGCGUGUUGGAGUCACUUUAGCAGGACAUCAGAAGAAAAUACUAAAUAGCAUUCAGAUUAUGAGAGCACAAAUGAACCAGAUACAGCCUUUGGAGGUGUGAUGUUUGCCAGCCCAACCUGAGACAUCUCAAGACCCUUCCAUAUGUUUGAGCCACAAUCCCACUACAUUUCCAACUUGACACCGAGCCGUUUACAUAUGUAAUGUGACUGGGGCCUUGAUCACAGGAAGCCUUUGUGAACUUCAACAUGGAAGCAAAGGGCACUUCAAGAAGUGCAAAGGAAGUUUUAUGAAAUUGGGGGGAAAUGUGGGAGAAGUAAAGAUCAAGUGGAAAUACUAUUCACAACUAUAUCAGAACUCAGUCCAUGAACUGACAGACAGGUACUCUGUUCCACUGUGGAAAUGAGAAGAUCCUUAAAUGAUCAAGGCUGUUGAAGAUGACAGACCCCCACAGAGUAUAUGAGUUUGGGCAAAAUGGAGGAUGAGUCCAAGAAUGGGGAACUUUCAGUGUUACUUCCUAUAAAAUGGAUAGGUGCCACUUUGACAUUAAAAAAAUGGAUAUGUGCCACCUUGAAUGAGCUCUCCCAUUUAAAACUGUAGGGGCAGAAGCACUAGGACUCCUUUACUGAAGAGGUAACAAAGCCUGUUUAUUCCUUAGGCUGGGAGGGUGGUUUCUGGUUGCACCCAUUUGUAUUCUUGUCUGUCUUGGAAAUGUUUUAUGAACAGCAGUCAUUUGUAACAUUCUCGUACAGUGUUCCUCUUUGCACCUGACUCCCUCAACCACUUCUAAUGUAUCAGGUGCCAUUCCUCCUGUUCUGAGUUCUUGUUUGUCUUCACCAUCAGUUUCCUUUAUUUCUGGUGAUGCAUUUUGUAAUGUGGCUUGUUUACACUGUGAAUGUGUUUCAACCUUGUAUUCUUUCAAACGAACAUAAAUGUUUUCUCAGCUACUUGUAGAGCAGGCAUGGCUAAGAUACAUUCUUCCAAACUUUAAGAUGUCUGUUCUGUACAAGGUGCAUAGCCAAGAAGUGGGCAUAAAGUGGUAUUCUUGCCUGGUUAAUUGUGCUGUAGCACUCCAGAUUUCAGAAUAAUGCAUAAUAUGUAAUUUAGUGACAUUUUAACUUCUAAAAUCAAAAUAACAUUUGCUUCACAGUGGUUAGAAACAUUUUAGGUGAACUGUGGUAUUAGCCACUGUGGUAGUAAUUGCCCCAGUUUUAUUAAUGAUAUGCUAGGCCAAUCAUGGUUAGAUGACAGUAACUGCUACUGCAGUGUUCCUGUUUAUUUUCACUAGUUUUGUCACUGAUACAACGGGCCUAUCCUGACUGGAGUCGUUACCAUAGCAGUGUUAUCAGUAUGCCACGUUGGUAUUGAUCAGUUCAGCAGUAACUGCCAACUGUUAUUUCUCAUUCCUUUUUAUUAUGUGUACAUUCAAGUACUGUUAGAUAAGUUGAUACUGUUGAUAUUGUGAAUUCUAACAUUGUAAUUUUUUUACAUGUUAGUUCAAGUUUAUGAAUAAUGUUUGGCUACAAACUGCAUUUACUAACAUGGCUGCACUGCAUGACUUUAUCCUCCCAUUGUUAAUACUUUGUCCUGUUAGCCAGUCAGUUUUACAAUAUUAGCUCCUGCUGUAAUGCUGCCAUGCCAUGUAGUAAUGCUAGCAAGAUAACCCAGACCUCCAUGGACUUUAUCACAUUUCUGGGCAAUAUUCACUGAUGCAGAAUAAUAUGAGGCCAGAUUCAGCAAUGGCCUUUAAGCAAACUAUGACUGCUGGCACAGUGGGACAUCAAGGGUAUUGCCUUAGGUUUAAAGAGAAGGUCAAUGUCAGUCUUCUAGCAGGUGCUGCAUUGAUUGGUUAUCCAUGGGGUUCCUACAGUGGGAGAUGUAAUUGGCCAAACAACAUUUUGCAACAUGGAAGUCACCUUGCACUUAGGUCUUCAGUUCCAAAUUAAAAAAAAAAAGGAACAUAUGAUAUAAGUAAUAGUUUUAUGCCAAAUGAACUGGAAUUUUAUGCUAAAUACAAAAUGACCAAUACUUCUACAUAUUUUCUGAAUAGAACAGUGGCUCACUUUCACUAUCAGAAAUAAAGUUGCUUCCCAGCACCUCUGAAGCCAUAACAUUCCAGCAGCUUGCUCAUUGCAAAGUGUAGUAAGACUGUCCAUUAGAAGGGUGGACUGAUAUCCCUCCACUGAUCCUAAGAAGGGGAUGGUAUACUGUUGCAUUUUUUUCUGAGGAAGUCAUUCAUCACGGAUUGUUUCUGCCAGCAUCAUUGUCCAGCAAAGACACACACACGCACAGCCAAGUGUGCAUCUUAAUAAACCACUAGUGUCAUGCUUUGUCGUACCUGCUUUCACAGAAUAUUUGUGUAAGCUUGAGAGAACAUGAAUUGUUUCAUUUAGUAGUGCCAACAGUUUACAUAUUUAGUACAAUAUGAAGCAACAUUAAAAUGCUUCUCAGGAAGUGUAUAUUAUAGUGGUACCGUGGACUCUCUUACUAGAAGUUUAAAAGUCUGGAAUGGGUUUGGAUCAAUGUAGUACUUAACUGGUUUAAGAGUUUAUUAAGAAAAAAUAGAUUGAAUUAAUCCUGUCAUAACUACAGACCUACAGAACUUACAUUCUGGAGAGUAUGCAUUUAUUUUUUCGUAGACAAGUGAGUCAGGAUAGCUUUGUAGGCAGGGUGUUUAUUUCUAUUCUGAAAUCUCAUUAGAAGUACUGUGUUAUUAAGGCAGUAUGUAUAAACCAGCAAAAGCACAGAGUGUUUUAUUUAGUAUUAAUAUAUUCCUGAAAUAUUUAAAUAGCAGCUGAUAAAACCUUGAAGGUAAAAGCAGCUUCUGGUAGGAACAGGACUGUCAAGUGGUCUUAACCUUGCUAAUUUCAGACUAGCAGGGCUAUCUGGUAAUUAGAUGAUGUCUUAAAAGUGUAAUUUAGCAGUUUUAUUUUGCACUCUUUGCCAUCCAUUGUCUUGUCAGUCAUCAACUUCCUCAAUAGCCAGUCACAUUGUUCCCCAUCAUUGGGUCAAGAGUCAGCCAGGGGGGGGCCAUCAUUCAGACAGAUAUCAGGAAUGUUAUGAGAUCUUCUCCUUUUUAGUUUCCUCUGUCCCUAAUGCAUGGACCUGGAGAAGUAUAGGGGAGGGGCAUUCACCAGGAUGACAGCAGUGGAUGUCCUUGUACUUCUGCAAGGGGAAUUUUCACCAGGCAUGCCUGCUUCACUCCAGAAGCAUGAGUUUCUUGGUCUCCACCAAGAAGUUAGCAUUGUCUAGUGGGCCUCUGCAUGUACACAAUCCCCCCUCACCGGAAGAUGUGAGUGAGUCAUGCCCCUUUACUCCACCCCCUUCCUUUUCAGUCUUCCCCACUGCCAGGCCACUAGUCAAACCCUGCUGCUGGGAUGCAGUUGGGAAUCCUUCAUCUGUGCCACUGAGCCAGGCAAAAUUCUAAUGCUUGCCAUGGUACUUCCCAUAUGGAAGUGCCGGCAGAGAUAAUCCUUGUAUGUUUAGCAUCUCCAUCCAAAUCAUUUUACCUUUUAGUCACUUCUGUGUACAGUGCAUACUGACCUUUUACAUUUACAUUGCAUCAGAAUGAUUUCUCUUUCUUUGGGCAGUACCUGAGUGUCUGCUGAGUUGUUUAAGAAUAUUUUAGACAUUAAAACAUUUACAAGUGUUAAAUGCUGCUGAUUUACCUCAGUGUGUACUUCAAACGUUUCUUAUCGGGUUUUGUCUGCUGCUCUUUACAUAUUUAAUAUUCAUUUGCUGCUCUCAGGUAUUCAUAACUCAGACUGCUUUAGCAAGUAGUUCAGGAUGAUAAUGUGUCUGUUACCUGUAUGUUUUGCAGAUCCUUAUUCCAUGUGUUUACACUUGUGAUCAUGCAAACCUGACACUGUGAAUAUAUUAGGCCAUUAACAGCGUUUAAUGGCCACUUCCAAAUAUGUUAUUCGUUCUUUGCAAACAUUGUCAAAAAGUAAUUUAGUGCCAAAUUUCGUAUCUCAGGGUAGGCUUGAAGCAAAAUUCAGUAUAGUAAGUUUUAUGAGGUGACCAUAUUAUGGAAACAUGGCAGAUUAAACAUUUCCCCAGUGACAUGCACAUUGCUGCUUUAUGUGUCUGAUUCAUUCAUGGUGCAAGUAAGUGUCUGUGGAAUAUAUUCAGAUAAAAUAUAGAAAACUCAGUUUUCAUGAUUUCCCAUAUACGAGAUGCUAGUUUAGACGAGUUGAGAUAAGCAUCCACUGUUUCUGUCUUUCCCUUGUUUUUCAGCUAAAAAAGUAUUUUGUCACAUGUGUGAUAUCAUGGUUGAAAUUGCGCCAUUAGAUAUUACUCAAAGAGAAUUGUGGCAAGAUGUUAAGAAAGCAACCAGAAAGUAACCAGAGCAGAUGAUAGGGAGAAGCGAUUCUGGCUGUCGGACAGAAAAUCAUACAAAGUAACAGCACAAAACAUGGUUGUGUGUGAAUUGUUAUUAAUGGUUCUCAUUCUAUGUAAUGUGGGCACUUACCUGGAACUGGCAUGUUGUCUUUAAAAAGGACAGGUGUCAAAAUUAUAAUGUGAUCAUGAGAAGAAAUUCAUUUAGGGUUGUCUUAUUCUGAUAUGUGCACAAUAAAAAGACUGCAUCAUUACAGUUGUUGGUAAAGUGCCAAGCAUAUAUGUGCUAUUUAGCAUUCUUUUUAUGGGAUUGCAAUGUUAAACACAGGAUACAUGAGUAUAACACUAUUAACAUAAGACAUGUAAUGUGAAAAAUGUGUCAAAAGUUGAGGAAGAUGAAAUCUCAGCUCUUUUGAAGAGUUUUUUUCACUGUGUAUGGUAUACUAAAGAAACAAUUCUUCACUAGUCAUAUUUUUUUCAUGCUAUGUAAGACCCACUACACAAAGUUUGAUGCACAGGUACCUCAGAACUUGAUGUUUUUGCAUUUAUCUAGCUGACUUAAUAAAGGUGGCUGUUAGACACCUUAGACCCCCCCAACCAAAAAAAAAAACAACAAAACACUGUUUUUUACAAAGGGCAGUUCCCCUGUACCUCACUGUGAGAAGCUGUGCCCCAAUCAUUCACUAAAUGACACUUACCUUGAGGUUGCAUAACCUUUGGAGAAAAGGGCAUGCUCCUUUCCAAAGGCACGUCCAGUUAAAACACAGAGUGAGUUUCCAAAUGUCAACUAUAGCAAAUCACUCACAAGAGCAUUGACACUUGUACCAUUGUGUAUAAGAACAAAACCUUGAUAAAUGCCCUGUGGUGCUUAUUAUUACAAUUAUGCAUUGGACAGCACUGGACUGUCGCGCAAAAAAACUUUGUUGCAGGUGUUGUACUUUUAAGUGAAUAUUCGCAUCAGCAUGGCAUUAAGCUGAGCAUUCAGCUUUUGAAACUGCAGCUUCUAAUGCGUAAUGUUUUGUAAAACAUCAACCAUUGCUAAAAUCAGCAAUCUGCUACACUGCUGGAAAAGCUUUGCUACUGCGUUUGAUAUUGCUGUAAGUGUGCAUCAAACAUAUUUACACAUGGGAAAGUGUGAAAUGGCUGUAGUGGUGAAUGUAUUUGAAGUGACAACCAGACAUUUUUUAGGGAGAUGCUACAUAUGUUUUCUGAUAGUUUAAUGACAAAUGUAAACAUGUUGGCUGGCAGUGCUGGAAUAUGCUGUUGUCUUUUUAACCUUUGAAAUGCAAGAUUCCUACUUGCAGAUCUAGUUCUGGUGCUGGUCUUUUGUUGUCUUGUUUGUAUGGUGGGGUAGGAAAGUGCAACCAUAUCUAAAUUAUGCCCAGAAGGCAUCUUGUGCCAGUCAUCUGAAGUGAUUUUCCUGAAAAAUAGUACAGUGUAGUUCUCUAAUAUUUCAUGACAGGAGUAAUGUAUGCUACCACUUUAAGUAUAUUCGGUGCUGUAUUGUUAUAUCAGUGCAUUUUGCAGUCAUAUCAGCAGUGACUGCAUCUUCCAUUUACUAUGGCAUAAAUCAGCACUAGGGUUUGUAUAUAUUAGAUACAAUAUCUGCAUUUCACUAAUGAGCUUGUCUUCUUUUUAAAAUGCAUGUGAUUCACAAAGUCAGUCAGUCUUGGAUGUGACUUUUGUAUUUUGGAACACAAAAUAGGUACUUCCAGUGCAGCAAGAGGCAAAAGAUAUUUAAUGGCAAAUCUGAGUGUGGUGUCUUAUUUUAAUAUAUUUCACUAGUUAGAGCUAGAACGAAGGUUCAUGCUAAUGGUUUUCAGUAAUCUUCCCUUUGGAAGACAAGCAUUUUAUUAUGUUUUAGUGUUGUGAUGCACCUUUCCUGUCAGGAUUAUUUUAUGUCUGUGCAUGGGUAUUCAGUUACAUAACAGGACUCAAUUUUAACCUGCAUUGAAUCUUCCCUUAUCAAAUUAUUCUUUUUUUUUGUAAUUUGUAUUUUUUUUUUCAUUCUAAAUCUUUGUACUGAAUUUUGUAACCAUUGCAGUACAGGUUUCAAAAUGUACAGUAGACAUGCAAUUCACAGAUCAUGCUAGAUCUCUAACCAACAUUUGCUAUUACGUAAAUGUCUCUCCCCCACUACAUUGACAAAAAAUUGCUUGACUGACUGCUGUGACACAGGCCCUAUCCCCCAACCCCAAAAUUUAUAAUAUUACCAUGCAAAGCUUUGUAACCACCUCUCUGCCUCCAGCCGUGCUUCCCUACCCAGAUCCACUCAUCACAGUCACCCCAAAACCCUCUUGCCCUUCACACCUCCUUUCCCAUGCCUCACUGAAUUCUUCAAAUACAUUUCUGGCAUGUUUCCUGUAUAUCCCCCAUCUUGCUAUUUAUUUGGUUUAACAUUAGCAGCCUCAAAAAAAUCUCUGUGAGCCUUUACUGCAUACAGUGGUGGCUGCUACAUACUAAUUGUCAGAGCCCAGAGGUGGUAAUAUUUUGCAAACAAGAUAGUGAAAGCAGCUCAGAAAGGUGUUUUUACAAACACCCUGUAGUAAUCACAGGUGUUUGGAUGCUAGGAGCCUGACCCAUCCAUCAUAGGAAUAUGCAUUUUUUCUGACUGUGUCUUCCUUUUCAGGAUUUUAGAAUUCCAUCAGUGUAAUCCAUCAUAAUCCACCUGUCGAUGAUGACAUGACUUGUACUAGACAUUUGUUAUAUCAUCUGUAUAACAUUUUGAGUAACUGAUAAUCUCUAUUGAUGAUAUUUGUUUCUUUUGAAAUGAAAGAUAAAUUGCGCUACAGAUCACAAUUCUUUCUGUUUUUAAGAGGAUUUUCUUUAUAGGGCUCCUAUUAUAUGAACGAAAAUUUAAAAUCUCAAACAGCUAAAAAGUUGAAAAUGGCAUUCUUCGAAAUAGGUAUUGUGGGGGGAUGCAACCCCCACACCCCCAGCUAAUUAUAUAUACCAACUCCGAGAUCGCACUACAAUGAGGAAAGGGCAAAUUUUCUGAUCUUCACUGUACUGCGAUCCCACAAUAACGAUUUCGAAGAAUGGCAUUUUCGAAUUGUCAGCUGUUCGAGAUUUUGAUUUUUCAUCGAUCUAAUAGGGACCCUUGUUUGUAGGCUGCUUUUGUAUUGCUUACUGUUCUUUUUUUAUAGACAACACAAACAGAGAGAAAUCUGAAUUUUCUAAACAUGUUUCAUCAUCUGAGUACAUAAAUACGUUUGCUUAUGCUGUGGUUUUCUCACCAGAAAUGAAAACAUUUCAGUGAUGUAAAUUGAGAGCUUCUAAAACAGGUACAUCAGUUAGAAGAAAAGUUCUAUAUGUUUCUUACUUCGUGGGUGCAUGCUUUUGCCAGCUAGCCAUUGGAUUUUUAUCUUUUUAUUUUUGUGAAGCAAGAUGGCAAAUGAGUACCAUUAAAGUCAGCAUUUGUCUGUAGAUCCAUUUGUAUUCCAGGAUGUCUGCAAUUUUAUAGAACAGGUCAGCAGUGCCCAACGCGUAUCCUUAUACUGAUUCUUUUUGCUAGUUUAGAAAUGUCUGUAGUCAACAGUAUUAUUGUUUAGAAGUGACUUGCAGCUUUGAACCAACAUGUUCUAAUUACAUUUUGGUGAUCCAUGCAUAUGCAGCAGAGAGAAACGUGUUUAUAGAUGCAUUGGUUUGUGUGCUAUUAGAUUAUCACGUCACAGUGAAACCAGAAUUCAGUCCCUAUAUAUAAAAAAAAAAUAAAUAAAUAAAUAACAAAGCCACACAGCUUUUCUUUCUAUUUUAAUAUGUAUACAAAGUUCAGAAAAAAUUUGUUACACACAGUCAACUAAUUCAUGCCAUGUCACCAUCACAUGAAUAUUGUCAGAACUAAUGUUAUUUGUAUAUACUGUAGAUCAUGCCAAAAGGGUCCUUUUGCCAAGGGAAUAAAAAGUAAUAUGAAGUCCUAAUGCUUUACAAUAACACCUAGCCAAUAUAUGCCUUCAGCAAAACAAGUCAUUGUGAUGUAUGUUUUUCCAGCUCCAGUUAUCAAGAGAUCAUUCUGUUGUAUUUCACAAGUUAAAAUAAAACAACAAAUGUAGUGGCCCUGGGUGAAGUGUGAUACAAGCCCUGGUACCCUGCUCCCAAGACAAGGGAUGGCACUUCUAUCUGUUUGCAUAUUAUAACAUCCUCCAGGGUCACACAGCUUGGGAGAAAUUUCUCAAAUUCAACAACAUGCCAGUGACAUUAUCUUGGUGAUCAUUCCAGGUGAGAAGAAACCAAAGAAAUAGAUGCAGGUGAUGCAGCAUGUAGCAGUAAGGGACAACAUCAUCCCUGCUCACGUAACUCAUGUAGACACUGUUUCUAUAUGAACUGUGCCAGUACACACUAUGUCAGAUUGUUAUAUAUGUGAUAGUCUUCCAGAGUUUAUUGUGGCCAUACUUCAGCAUGCCAGUUUAGUUUAUUAAAGAGAAACAAACAUCUGCUAAUCAUUUUCCAAGUUGAUUUCACAUGCACAUUGCAUCAAUGCACCAUAGUGACACUAUGAAUACAUUUGCUUAUGGCAUACAAGCAGUUACUCCUAGUAUUGUCGUUGUAGACAGCCAGUGUUAAGUAACUUAUUUUUAAAGAAUAAAAAUAGUUGUGGCAUGUGACUUAUUAUUCUAUCUAACAUGGCCGCAACACAGUGCCCCCCCACUCACACAAACAUGCCCAUUCAAAUGAUAAGUACAUGCCUUUCUUUCUAUGUCAGGUUGUUGACAUUCUGUUUGCAUAUUCAUUUGUAUAUGAAAUGCAGCUAAUUGUUACACCUUUUCAGAACAGGUAGACUCAGAAGAGCACAUGUAUGCCAUAAUUUUUAAGUAUUUGUAUUUAUUCUUUAUUGUUUAUUUUAAUGAGAUUGCUUAUUUUACUGAGAUUGCAUGAUCUAAUCCACUGAAACAGUGAUCUAGUGUAAUUUCAGUCUCUUCACUUCCUAGGGUUAGGCAAGAACAUGUAUUUAAGGUUGCUACCUUUCUAGAUGCCCAAAAUGGGAUAUUUCUUAUGGUAAUGUAAGACUUUGAAAGAUAAACCAUGCCCACAAAUAGUGCACAUUUUUGCAAAAAUAAAAGCUCAGUCUUAUAGAAUUUGACUUGAUUAUACUGUUUCAUGUAACAUUGAAGUAUUCCAGAUACGAAAUAGUUGUUUUAUUUAGCUAUUAUAGGAAACAUAGGAAAUACUUUUUGUCCUAAAAUCUCAGGGCAUUUGCUAUAUUUCAUGUUUCGUUGAAGGACUCAACUGCCCAAAUAGAGACUGUCCUGAUCAAAGAGGGACAGGUGGCAACUUUUCUAUGCUAAACUGUUUUGUUGAACUGAUAGUAUUAAUGCAAUGAUUUGUUAUUUUUGUGAUGUUUUGUUGGAAAGAUGGAUCAUAAAUAUGAUUUCAUAUUGUAGAAAGAGUACUGCAUCUAGGUUUACCACUGCUUAUAAUGUACUAUAAUGUAAAACAUGCCAGUAAACACAAUACACGCACACGCACACACACACACACACACACACACACACACACACACACACACACACACUCACAAGCAAACUGACUAAAGAAGCUGUUUUCUUUGUAAAUCCGUACCUUCUAGUAAAUCAUGUUGUUAAAAAGCAUAAAUGCCAAAAUAACAGGUAUUACUUCCAGCGUCUUCAGUGCUGCAGCUCAGUCCCCAUCAACCCCAUCCCAAGUAGUUGCCAAAGGAUAUCAUGUAGUAAACAAAGAUAUGCAUUUUUUUUGCUGCUUCAGUCAUGGUGUGUUUUUACACCUCUUCUGUUGUUCAAUGUAGAGCCUGUUUUGUAUGCCAUCACUUUGUACAGCUUCUGGCAGAUAUCUGUAACUAAUAAUUUGGGAUACCAGGUAACCUCCCAGCACUCCACAGCUACAUAAGUGAUGCGUCCUUGUGUGAGCUAUUAGUAGCCAAAGCAGACAUUUAACUUCUGACCUUCUUAUCAUUAGCUGGAGGAUAUAAAUUGAUAAUUUUUUCUCUUUUUUUUUCUCUUACUUCUCCAAGCAAUAUAUAUUUUGGGUCUACUACUGCAG